CUCAACACUUUUUGUUGCUGCAGACUCUCACAGGACGUGUAUCUAUAUAUAUGUGUGUGUAUGUGUGUAUGAGAGAGAGAGAGUGAGAGAGAGAGUGAGAGUGUGUGUUUGUAGUUUCUUCAUUUCUUUCUCUGCUGCUUCACAAACUGCCCUCUGGUUUUAUUCCUUCCAUCGGAUACACACACACACACACACACAUAAAUAUAUUCCUCCUUCACUCAUACUCGGAAGUUAAAAAAGAAGAAAGAAAGCUGUUGGUUUGUACUUGGAGGGACUUUUCUUUUUGGAGGAACGCAUACAAAAAGAAAGAAAGCAAGAAGAAGGAGAGAGACAGACAAACCUGGAGGAGGAAAAGGGCGUUCAUACUUCGAAGUAACCAUGGAAGUUCCUGGUAUGCAGCUGCACUCUGAGAAGAAGAUCCACAGAGACAUUAAAGCCGCCAACGUCCUGCUGUCGGAGCACGGUCAGGUGAAGCUGGCGGACUUCGGGGUGGCCGGUCAGCUGACGGACACGCAGAUCAAGAGGGAAACCUUCGUGGGAACGCCGUUCUGGAUGGCGCCGGAGGUCAUCCAGCAGUCCGCCUACGACUCCAAGGCCGACAUCUGGUCGCUGGGCAUCACGGCCAUCGAGCUCGCCAAGGGCGAACCUCCGAACUCGGACAUGCAUCCGAUGCGAGUGCUGUUCCACAUCCCAAAGUCUCCUCCUCCGACGCUGAGCGGAGAUUUCUCCAAGAGCUUCAAAGAGUUCACCGAGGCCUGCCUCAACAAGGACCCUACCUUCCGUCCCACAGCCAAAGAGCUCCUCAAACACAAGUUCAUCGUCAAACACUGUAAGAAGACGUCCUACCUCAGCGAGCUGAUCGACAGAUACAGGAGGUGGAAGGAGGAGGGCCACAGCGACAGCAGCUCUGACGACUCCGACAGUGAGUCCAGUAAUAAGGAGAACAGCGAGUCCCCUGAGUGGUCCUUCACCACCGUCCGUAAGAAGAAGACGGAGGGCAGGAAGGUGCUCAAUGGAACGGGUCAAGAUCAGCUGAGUAAAUCUGCCAGUCUCACCACGGUCAUCUCUCCCGUCUUCACUGAGUUGAAGCAGCAGCACAAGGAGCACUCUGAGCAACGAUUGGCUAUUGAGGAGCUCGAACGCAACAUCCGAUUAGCUGAAGAAGUCUGUCCAGGCAUCACAGACAGGAUGGUCACACAUAUCAUUGCCAGGUACCAGAAAUUUACGACCAACUGAAGGACGGAUGGAUCCCAAUAAAUAAUAAAAAUAAAUAAAUAAAUAAAUAAAAGGAAGUACGCUAUGUGAAGAGAGACUGUGUCUCCGUACGGUGACGCUGCUGGAUGAUCGGACACGAAGGAGAUUUGCUGUGCGAUGUCUCCUCGCUUGUACACACACACAAUAUACACACAUACACACACACACACACACACACACUACUAAUGUAAUAUAUACACUAUAUAUAUAUAUAUCUAUUCACUGCUGCUGGUUGAAGGCCUUUUUUCUCCCAGAGUUAGCCCCAAAAGCAGCUGCAUCCUUCGAUCAAUUGGUCUUAGAUUAGAUUUGUGGUUUUUUUAAGGUCACAAACUUCUCCUUUUUUUUUGUUUCUUUCUGACCAAUUUGUAGUCAGACUUCAAACUUAAGUCCCUGAUUUUGCUUUAGUUAUGUUUUCCAAAUUACCAUCAUGUGCCUUAAUUAUUUAUGCUACGAGUCAUUUUGUUGCUAACCGCACACAGAAAGAUGUAAAAGAGGGUUCUUGUCCAUCAGCAGUGGUAUGUUUUGUGUCAUGACUUGCCUUGACUUUGUAGAUGUCUAUAUGUUUGUUCAGUAGCACUUGAGACAGAUCAUAUGCCAAUAUUACGUUAUUUGUUGUUGUUGUCUUCAGUAAUGCUUUAAAUUGCAGUUCCCUGAUCCCAGGAUUCAGUCAAGGUCAGCUCUCAAAACACAUCCAAUGUUCAGUUUAGCUGAUAAAUGCUGUUAAAUCAUCUAAAAUCUAAGUUUCCCCAGUGAAAACCUGUUUAAAAUAAAGUUUUUACUCAUUUUUUGGGACCGCUAGUAGCUUGCUAACAAGUAAGCUAGCUAGCUAAUUGUUGUUGUAGCUAAAUUUAAAUACUAAAUAUGUGUAAAUCCUCAAGUUAAUUAAUCUAUUUAAAUAUAUAUAUAUAUAAGUUAUAACCUAAAUGUUUAAAAUGGCUUCUGUUUGAAUAAAUCAGUGCUGUUACUUGUUUUUGCUAACAUUCCUCAACCGUUGGCAUCAAAAUUGGGUAGGAAAAAUGGUGGAAAUGAAGACUUUUUGGUUUGUAGGUACGUAACUCGACUGUUGGUUAAGGUUUUAUUCUGGGAUUAAUUUAAUGGAAUCUGUGUAGUUCUGUUUGCAAUAAAAUUAAAAAUUAAAAAUGUCCAGAAUCUGCAAGCAAGGCACAAUUAUAGCACAGGGGUCGUCCACUCACUCACGAAAAGACUGUGUCCUUCGUCAAUAUGCGUCAAGUUUUGGGAAAACAUUGUUGGGGACUGUCAACUUGUGUCUGAGGAGUUGAUUCUUAAAGUAAUGCUCGAUGUGUAAAGGACGUUGUUUUUAAAAACCCAACGUUGAAAAGCAGCACGGGUUCCUUUUCGAGAGCACGAUGGGGAACUGUAAUCGAAAGUAUUACUGAUAGUUUGUACCAAAGACACUAUAAAACCUGGUCAUUGUAUAUUUUUGUCUUUUUAUAUAUCAUAAGGGAUAUGACUGCUUGUUGAGGGGGGGGAAUGUAAAAUGAAAGAUGUAAGAUUUUACUGAAAUGUACUCUUUUUUUUUGUAGCGGGACUUAGAGUUUUAUGAAUAAAUAUUUAAGUUUGAUUGAGAA